AUGUCGGCUGACACCGACAGAUGUGCAUUGCUAGCAGUAGCAGCAGCAGUUUCAUUCGACUGUACUACACAAGGCCAUCUGACACCUGAUCUGAUGUCGUCCGAUCCCCCAGCGGUGGUGGGCACGGGCUUCCUGGCGCGUGACCUGACGGUGGAGAACGCGGCGGGUCCAAGCAAGCACCAAGCCGUGGCGCUGAGCGUGAACGCCGACCUCGCCGCCUUCUACCGCUGCAGCUUCGCGGGGUACCAGGACACGCUGUACGCGCACUCCCUCCGCCAGUUCUACCGCGACUGCGACGUCUACGGCACCGUCGACUUCGUCUUCGGCGACGCCGCCGCCGUGCUGCAGGGCUGCAGCCUCUACGCGCGCCGCCCGGGUCCCGGCCAGAAGAACGUCGUCACGGCGCAGGGGCGGGAGGACCCCAACCAGAACACCGGCAUCGUCGUGCAGGGCGGCAAGGUCGCCGCCGCCGCCGACCUGGUCCCCGUACUCGGGAACGUCUCCUCCUACCUCGGCAGGCCAUGGAAGCAGUACUCGCGCACCGUGUUCGUGCAGACCAAGAUGGAGGCGCUCGUCCACCCGCGAGGCUGGCUCGAGUGGAACGGCACGUUCGCGCUCGACACGCUCUACUACGCCGAGUACAUGAACCGCGGGCCCGGCGCCGACACCUCCGCAAGGGUGGCCUGGCCGGGGUACCACGUGCUCACCAACGCCGCCGACGCCGCCAACUUCACCGUGCUCGACUUCAUCCAGGGAGACCUCUGGCUCAACUCCACCUCCUUCCCCUACACAUUGGGCUUCACCUAG